AUGGCAGAGCGCACUCUGGGAUAUGGCUGCUCCCGGCCGGCGGAAAAUCCUCUGUGGAGUUGCGUGCCAGUUGAUGAACUCUGCCUGGUGCCAGAAGAAGUGCCAAACUAUGAGGCGAUCAAAUCACUCCAUUCCCAGCUGGAUGACGACAGGAGUGGAGACAUUGAUGUGUCAGAGUCUGUUGAGUUCCUGAAGGAGGAACUGCAGUAUGCCAAAGGCUACGAAAAGCGGCAGAAGGUGUUUCAUUCUAACAAUGACCAGUAUAUAUCGGUACGAGAGCUGUGGCACAUGUGGAAGAAGUCAGAGGUGCACAACUGGACUGUGGAACAGACAGUUUCCUGGUUGGCAGAGUCUGUGGAGCUACAGCAGUAUGCACAAAACUUCUAUGCUAAUGCUGUAAAUGGAUCUGUGUUGCCAAGUACCAUUCUCAGCGUGAUAGCUUCCAGAACCGAAAGAAGAAGUGAAAGGCAUAUGCUAGAAAGAUUGGCAGCCAACAAUGAGCAGUUCUUGACUAAAGUCCUGGGGAUCAAGGACCCAAAACACCGGUCCAAGAUCACUAUUAAGGCUAUGGAUGUGGUGCUCUUUGGACCCCCAAAAGAAACAGGCAGCCAUGUGAAAGAUCUGGUUUUGGUGUCCCUCUUGACCCUGGCUCUCAUUGGCUGCUUUAAGGCAUACCAGCGGAACAGGCAGUAUGAAGGACAGCUUAGUGACAUGCUGAGGGAUAUGGAGAAGCUAAAGGAAGCUGAAGAGAACUUGCGUCAUUUAGAGCAACGAGUCCAGACAAACACCAAAGCAGAAGAACGCCAGAUGAGUGAGGAAAAUAAGGAGCAUAAUGAAGAGGUUCAGCUUCUCAAACAGCAGCUUGAGGAAGAACGAGAAAAGAAUGAGCAAAUGAAGGAACAGAUGAAGUGGAGUGCUCCCCAAGAUCUCCAGCACUGGCUUCAGCUGACUUAUGAACGAGAGCGGCUAGCCUUCGAAAAGAAGCAGAGAGGGGCUCGUGAACAGUUCAGUCAAGCAAGAGACUUGUGUGAGAAACUCAAUCGUCAGCGUCGCAGUCUUUUGGGAAUGAUUACAUCUGUUAAUGGGAAAAUGGAAAAUAUUGAUCAGUCGAUUAGUCAAGCUAGAACGAUUAUGGAGGAGGUGACACAGGAAUUACGUGAAAGAGAACAGCGCUGGCAGAACAUUGAGGUCCUUGCAGGAUGUAGCAUCAUAACUAAUGCUGGUCUUCAUGCACUUGAGCUAAUGCUUCGUCCGCAAGUGAAUGGUCGGCCACACUCCACCUAUGCACCCAGUAUAGGGCGUUCGUCACGUCUGAGCGCAAGCCUUGAUGACUUUGAUGAUGAUAACCUGUCCCUCUACACGCAGGCUUCUGUUCACCAGCUAUUAAGCAGCCAGUCAGCAUUAAUGUUUCUCACCAUGGGGGGCUGUACAGGGGCAUCGAGCUGUUAUGGUGGAGUGGCAAUUAACUCCUCAGGAUUAGGGGGAACUCCCAGAGAUUCCAUGGUAGAUGUCCGAGGCAGUGUUGGGAGUGUACGCAAGAGGAGCCAGCUACUCACAAGAGACUCAGGGUCAUCACUUGGGUCUGAGGCAUCAAUUACUCAGACUACUAUUAUGCACCACAGUCAGACAUAUACAGCAGGAAUGGGCUUACAUUCAGAGGAAGAGGAAUGCAUCCGUCGUGCCUCCAGUACUGGCAGUAUUACAGUAACAGAUUGUCCUCAGUCCAAGGAUUCUGAAUCAUCAACAGAAGAGACAGAUGGAUCUGCAUGUGUGUCGGAGACUACUAGUUUCAGCAUGGGGGGCAGUCGCCUGACGCUGAACUCUGAGUGUAGCAGAACCAUAAGUCCUGUACAGGUGAGUUCAACCACUCCUGCACACACACCUGCUAAUGCACUGCCUCAAACCAGCUCAGGGGGGGUACUUGCUAAACCUUCUCCUAAGCGCAGUCCAAUGCUCAAGUCAUUCAGUCAGGACACUGAUGCUUCCAACACACCUGACAUGAGAUGGAAGGAGCGUGAAAAAAUAUCUGCAAGUGAGCCAGCUUUGGACAGUCCCAGGACCUCGUCAAUGCUCAACAAGAAAAAAGGAGCCUCACCAUCUGAGGAAGGAAACUCCUCUGAUUCCUCCAUGAUGGAAGAAAGACCCCCAAGUGCGGACUCGAGAAAAAAGUCCAAAAGUUGGUUCCGUAACGGCAUAUCUAGUAGUCUAAAGUUUAGUAGAAGCAAGAAACUUAAAGAAACAGACAAAGAUUCAAGUAAAAAUAACACAAAACAUCUGUCUGCUGAUUUCUGUCUUCAUGCAUCUCAGUAUGCUAUUUAAUUAGCCCCUUUUUUUUGUCUUGUGUACAUCUAUGUCAUGUAUCCUAAUGCUAAAAAUUAGGCUAUCAAGUGUAUAUUUAUAAAUAUGUCAACUUCCCAUUUCAUUAUAGUAAAAAGAAAAGAAAAAUGGU